AUGUUCGACAGCUCACAGUAUCCCUACAAUUGCUUCAACUACGAUGCCGACGACUACCCUGCCGGCAGCUCCGACGAGGAAAAGCGGCUCACGCGGCCCGCGUACAGCUACAUCGCCUUGAUCGCCAUGGCCAUUCAGCAGAGCCCGGCGGGCAGGGUGACCCUGUCGGGCAUCUACGACUUCAUCAUGCGCAAGUUUCCCUAUUACCGCGCCAACCAGCGCGCCUGGCAGAACUCCAUCCGCCACAACCUGUCCCUCAACAGCUGCUUCGUCAAGGUGCCGCGGACCGAGGGCCACGAGAAGGGCAAAGGCAACUACUGGACGUUCGCGGGCGGCUGCGAGUCGCUGCUGGACCUCUUCGAGAACGGCAACUACCGGCGGAGGAGGCGGCGGCGCGGCCCCAAACGCGAGGGGACGCGGAGCUCGUGCGCGGGGGGCGCAGAGGGGCUCCAGGGUCCGUCCCAGCCGAUUGCUGCGCGGGGCUCCCCAGCCCCAGACGGCGCGGAAGUGGCGGGGCCCGGAGAGCCUGCAGCCAGCCCGGCCAGCCCGAGGAGGGCGCAUCCCAGGAACAUCAAGUUCAGCAUUGACUACAUCCUCUCCGCGCCCGGCCCCUCUCUGGGGCAGACACCCGAGGGCAGACAGCCCUGGCUGCAGGCCCCGCAGGUGAACCUCCACUUGUGGACAGUGUGA